CCCGCUGCAGUCAGUCAUAUGACUGUAUGUGUGUUGCGCGACGAUGGCAGACUCGGGAGAGCCCCGGAGUCUCUUGAAUGAAGAUGAUUGCGAUGAUGAUGAAGAUGUGAGUGUGAAUAUGAGCCCGCUGUGUGACCCGCGUCAUCUGCUGCACCGGAUCCUGGUUCUGAUCUUUAUGUGUUUCCUGGGAUUCGGGAGUUACUUUUGCUAUGACAACCCAGCGGCUCUUCAAACUCAAGUCAUGCAGGAUAUGAAUCUGAACACUGCGUCGUUCAUGCAGUUGUACGCGUGGUACUCGUGGCCCAAUGUGGUGCUGUGUUUUCUGGGUGGAUUUCUGCUGGACAGGGUCUUUGGCAUCAGGUUGGGAACGAUAAUCUUUGCAUUGUUUGUGUUAGUAGGACAGAUCAUAUUUGCUGCCGGUGCGCUGGCUGAUCAUUUCUGGCUGAUGGAAGCCGGCCGGUUUGUAUUCGGUAUCGGUGGAGAGUCUUUGGCCGUGGCUCAGAACACGUAUGCCGUCAGCUGGUUUAAAGGCAAAGAGCUCAACCUGGUGUUCGGCCUGCAGCUCAGUAUGGCCAGACUGGGCAGCACAGUGAACAUGAAUGUCAUUGGCUGGGUGUACGGCCGGAUUCAGAUGAUGAUGGGAUCAGCCGGACACACCACACUGGGAAUAACUCUCAUGAUCGCGGCAUCCACGUGUGUGUUCUCGCUCACGUGCGCACUGGUUCUGGGUUUUCUGGACAGAAGAGCGGAGAAGAUCCUUCACAAGGAGCAGGGCAAGACUGGGGAAGUGAUCAAGCUGACAGAUGUGAAAGAUUUCCCGUUCUCUCUCUGGCUUAUCUUCAUCAUAUGUGUGGGAUAUUACGUGGCCAUCUUCCCCUUUAUCGGACUGGGCCAAGUUUUCUUCAUAGAGAAGUUCGGCUUUACUUCUGUCCAGGCCAGGGCCAUCAACAGUGUCGUGUACAUCAUCUCAGCCCCUGCCUCGCCUGUGUUGGGUUUCAUGGUCGAUAGGACGGGCCGGAACAUCAUGUGGGUUCUGUUGGCUGUGGUCACCACACUCUUAUCUCACCUAAUGUUGGCCUUCACCCUUUGGAACCCCUGGAUUGCCAUGUCUAUCUUAGGUUUGUCGUAUUCUCUUCUGGCCUGUGCUCUCUGGCCGAUGGUGGCGUUUGUGGUAGCAGAACAUCAGCUGGGCACCGCGUAUGGAUUUAUGCAGUCCAUACAGAACUUGGGUCUAGCUGUCAUCUCUCUGGCUGCGGGAGCCAUCUUGGACACCAAAGGUUACCUCUUCCUCGAGGUCUUCUUCAUCGUCUGCAUGUGUUGUGCGUUGAUUGCCGUGGUCCUGCUGUAUCUGUAUAACUCCUACACAGAGGGCGAGCUGAACCUGUCCGCUUCAACACGAGCCAGACGCGCUAAAGCUCUUUCUGAGUCUUCUGAGUGAAGGUUCUUCUCUUCUUCUGACCUCUGAGCACCUGACGGCCUUCUUCAUCACGGGACUUUCUCUUCUCUUCUCCGUUCUCUCACACUGAGCGCUUCGACAUCACUUCACAUCACUAAAGACCUGAAGUGACUCUUUCCACAGGCUCUUGGAACAGACGUCUUUACAUUCACGCAGGAUAAUGAUGUGUGGCAAAAUCACAGAGAUGCGUAUAGCCGACGCUCGACUGUCGGAGAUCUGUUGAGAUGCUAUUGAGAGGAUCAUACUAGAGAUGACCGAUAUUACAUUUCCACAGCGAGACAGAGAGACGAUUAUUUAGAGUGAUAUCUGCUGAGAUUAAAUUUAAUAUUUCUUAAAGUGAUAGUUCACCCAAAAAUGAAAAAUCUGUCAUCAUUAACUCACUCUCUUGUCAGUUCAAACCUGCAUGACUUUCUUUCUUCUGCAGAACACAAAAGGAGAUAUUUUGAAGAAAGUUGGUAACCGAGCAGCACUGAACCCCAUUCACUUCUAUCGUAUAGACACAAAACCAAUGCAAGUGAAUGGGGUCCUGUUAACAACAUUCUUCAAAAUAUCUUCUUUUGUGUUAUGCAGAAGAAAGAAACUCAUAAAGGUUUGGAAUGACAAAAGGACGAGUAAAUGAUGACAGAUUUGUUUUAACUUUCUGAAUGUUAUUAAUGAUUCAUAUAAUGACUAUUAUUAAACAUCAAACUGGUGAUGUUUCUUAACAUUUUCUAUAUACAGAGCACAAAUUCAUUGCAUUUUCCUGUUCGCUAUUGAUUGAAAGGAUAUAUCGGCUCUGAUCAUCGGCUGUUUUUAAACUAUCGGCCAACAGUGUGAAAAAUCAACUGAUACCGAUUAUUGGCAGAUAUAUCGGCGCAUCUCUGGAGAACACACUGAGAAAUCCACAGCAGAGUGUUGACGGUAAUGAAGGUUUCAUUCUCGCGUCAUCCCGACGGCAGGUUGUUUCGACUAGCUGCUCACCUCUGUCAUUUCAACAGACGACCGGUCUGGUCUUGUCUUCAUAAGCACUUACAGAUGGAUUGAGAAUCUCACCUGGAAUUUCAUUGUUUUUGCUGUUUUUAAACCAUAUGUCUGUUGCACAUCUAUUACUGAAAUGAUUUUAUACCCCAGAAAGCUUGAUUUUAAAGAAUUGUACAUUUUAAAGUCAACGAUAAAGGACCGUUUAGUUUUUUUUAAUACAGUUCUGGGCUUAGUGUGCAUGCUUCAUUGUUUGUCUUUUGUCAAGAUUUAUGAACCUGCUUUGCUUCUCAGACAAGUGUCCUAUAUAUAUAUAUAAGUGCCUUUGUAUAUUUAGAUUUUGUUGUUAACUCACUUCAGAACAGUUUGCCCCUGACAACUUUGAUGAGAAACUAGCAGAUUGUUUCUUUGACUCUGCUGCAGUGCAGCCUAUGCAGAGAAAUUAUGUCAAAUAUUGAUGUUGAGCACUUGAUAUCUAUAAUAGUGUGUGUGAAAACACUGCUGGAAUCAUCUGUGACUGAUGGAUAGACAGUGUUUAUACACGCUCACUCUUCGUCUUUGAUUUUUCCUUUUGUUUUUUUAUGAGACUGUACUGGGUGGGAAUGGGAAUUGCAAUAAAAAAUGAAAUUAG